AUGUCUUUUGGGCCGAGACGCUCCACCAGACCGCCUAACAAUUAUGCCCAGCAGCAAGAAUUCGAUAACGAACAAGGCAAUGCGCAUUCUCAGCGGAAGAGGAAGACCCAGGGCAAGCCAGUAGACCAACGUGAAACGGUCGUCUCGGAAUCAUCUACAGAGAGCGAGGACCCGAACGCGUCGGAACUGUUGAAGGAACUGGUCAAACUCAGGAAGGAGAUCAGACAGCGAGACGAAUCACACAAGGAAGAGCUUCAAAGGAAUGAUGAGAUUUUGCGCGAGAUUCAGUCCUUACGCGAGGAAAUCAGCGCCCCCGCCCCCAUCAGAUCCCCUUCCUAUGCAGAUAUCGCGCGCACUCCUCCGACCAGUCACCCAAGCAACGUACGGACCCUCUCAACGCUGAACACAACACCAUCCAACUUCACCGACACGUUAUACUGCACGGUAGAUACCGCGAAGAUGACCGAAAGUGAAAACGAGAAGAAAUCUGCAGGCUCAAUCAGGGCCACAAUCGAGAAAGAAAUCCGAACGAUGGAUGAUCACACUCACUGGCGCUGUCGCGCGGUGACUGUCAGUCCAAGAGACCCCAACCGAAUCAGGAUCGCGUGUCGCGAUGAAGCCGAGCACCAGCUGGUCAAGAAAGUAGCGGAAGAAAAGAUCGGAACGGGAGCCCGGGUGCUCCGGGACGAGCUCUACCCGAUCAAGGUCGACAGCGUCAAGAGGGCUGCGGUACUGGAUGAAAACCAUGGCAUCCUGACAGGAGCGGCGGCCGCCCUUGGUGAGGAGAAUGAAACUACUAUCGCCAAGAUGACAUGGCUUAGCAGCAAGGAAACCGUGAAGCCAUAUGGAUCAAUGGUCGUGUACCUCACCAAGGGCACUGACGCGCGGAGGCUCUUGGUUGACGGAUACUUCCACGCUGGAGGGGAAUCCGGGACAACCAGCGUCUUUGAGCAUCGACCACGACCGAUGCAAUGUUACAACUGCCAGGAGGUUGGUCACAAGGCAUUCCAAUGCAAGAAGAUCCAGAAGUGCGCAAAAUGCGCCACGGAGGGCCAUCACCACAGUCGCUGCGAUCAAGCGGUUCCAAACUCUACCCAUCACGUCAUGAAUAAACCACUUCGAAUAAUUCAAUUGAAUGUGAGGAAGCAGGGUGCAGUGCUGGAAAGCUUAAUGAACGACGAGGAAACCAAGGACGCAGUGGCGUUAGCGAUUCAGGAACCCCAGGCGAGGAGGAUCCAGGGCCGGCUCUUGACCACCCCGAUGGGACACCACAAAUGGACGAAGAUGGUCCCCUCCACUUGGAGGGAAGGCAGGUGGGCGAUCCGAAGCAUGCUUUGGGUGAAUAAAGACAUAGAAGCGGAGCAAGUGGCUAUAGAAUCCCCGGAUCUGACAGCGGCGAUCGUCCGGCUACCCGAACGGCUGAUCUUCAUGGCAUCGGUCUACGUCGAAGGCGGAGAGGCCUCGGCGCUAGAAGACGCAUGCGAUCACCUAAGAAAGGCAAUCUUAAAGGUGCGACGAGACACGGGCGCUGUGGUGGAUAUCAUGAUUAUGGGAGACUUCAACCGCCAUGACCAACUCUGGGGCGGAGACGAGGUGUCCCUGGGAAGACAGGGCGAAGCGGACCCAAUCAUUGACCUCAUGAUCGAAUUCGCUCUUAGCAGCUUGCUCAAACGAGGUACAAAAACAUGGCACGGUGGGGGACAGAGCGGGGACUGCGAGUCGACCAUCGACCUCGUCCUAGCCUCUGACAAUUUGACAGACCUAAUGACCAAAUGUGUAAUACACGGGGUUGAACAUGGCUCGGAUCACCGGACGAUCGAGACUGUGUUCGAUGCAUCGUGGUCAGCCCCGGAGCAUCAGGAACGACUUCUUCUGAAGAACGCACCGUGGAACGAGAUUAAUGCUAGAAUUGCGAGCACCCUGGCCGCCACUCCGUCAGAGGGCACAGUACAGCAGAAAACCGAUCGACUAAUGUCCGCGGUCUCGGACGCGGUGCACAACCUAACUCCGAGAGCGAAGCCGUCGCCACACGCGAAGCGAUGGUGGACAACUGACCUCACACAACUACGUCACAUAUAUACCUAUUGGCGAAAUCACGCUCGUUCGGAGCGACGGGCGAGGGGAAAAGUACCUCGGCUCGAAAAGAUGGCUCAGGAUGCGGCGAAACAAUACCAUGAUGCCAUCCGCAAGCAAAAGAAGAAGCACUGGAAUGAAUUUCUCGCAGACAACGACAACAUUUGGAAAGCAGCGACGUAUCUGAAGUCCGGGGAGGAUGCGGCAUUUGGGAAAUUACCGCAGCUCGUCAGAGCAGAUGGGACAACCACCGCUGACCAUAUGGAGCAAGCAGAGGAGUUGCUAUCUAAAUUCUUCCCGCCACUGCCGGACAACAUUGAAGAUGAAGGGGCCAGACCACAAAGAGAGCCAGUGGAGAUGCCGGCCAUCAACCUGGAGGAGGUAGAACGACAGCUUCUUGCAGCGAAAUCGUGGAAGGCGCCGGGAGAGGACGGCCUGCCGGCGAUAGUGUGGAAGAUGACGUGGCCCACGGUCAAGUACAGGGUCCUUGAACUAUUUCAAGCGUCGCUGGCAGAAGGCUCGUUGCCAAGACAGUGGAGACACGCGAAGAUCAUACCGCUCAAAAAACCGAAUAAAGAAAAUUACACCAUUGCAAAAGCAUGGAGACCAAUCUCCCUCCUAGCGACACUGGGCAAGAUACUGGAGUCAGUGGUUGCAGAAAGGAUCUCACACGUGGUGGAGACCCACGGCUUGCUCCCGACCAGCCACUUUGGAGCCCGGAAACAGCGAUCCGCGGAGCAAGCACUCCUGCUCUUGCAAGAACAGAUCUACACGGCGUGGCGGGGCCGGCGGGUAUUGAGCCUGAUCAGCUUCGAUGUCAAAGGAGCCUACAACGGAGUGUGCAAAGAACGAUUACUCCAAAGGAUGAAAGCACGAGGCAUCCCGGAGGGUCUGCUCCGGUGGAUUGAAGCGUUCUGCUCGGAACGAACGGCGAACAUCCAGAUCAAUGGGCAAGUGUCGGAGGUCCAAAGUCUGCCACAGGCUGGGCUACCGCAGGGCUCGCCCCUGUCCCCGAUCCUAUUCCUCUUCUUCAACGCAGACCUCGUGCAAAGGCAGAUCGACAGCCAGGGAGGAGCAGUCGCUUUUGUGGAUGAUUUCACCGCAUGGGUGACCGGAUCAACCGCGCAGAGCAACCGGGAAGGAAUUGAAGCAAUUAUUAAUGGAGCUCUCGACUGGGAAAGGAGAAGCGGAGCGACCUUUGAAGCGGAAAAGACAGCUAUCAUACAUUUUGCGCCCAAGAUGCGUAAAUCGGACCAUGAGGCGUUUAUCAUCAAGGGACAAACGGUUGUGCCCGGAAACCACGUCAAGAUCCUGGGUGUCUUGAUGGACACGAGGCUUAAGUACAAGGAACAUAUCGCGAGGGCAGCGUCCAAGGGUCUUGAAGCGGCGAUGGAGCUUCGGCGACUCCGUGGCUUAUCUCCAGCAACCGCGCGGCAGCUGUUCACCUCGACGGUGGCACCGGUCGUGGACUACGCCUCCAAUGUCUGGAUGCACGCGUGUAAGGAUAAGGCCAUGGGGCCGAUCAAUCGGGUCCAAAGAGUUGGAGCACAAGCCAUUGUGGGGACAUUCCUCACCGUCGCGACCAGCGUAGCGGAGGCGGAGGCCCACAUUGCCACCGCACGACAACGAUUCUGGAGACGGGCCGUGAAGAUGUGGACGGACAUGCAUACCCUGCCUGAAACCAACCCCCUCCGCAGGGGUACAGACCGGAUCAGGAAGUUCAGAAGAUACCAUCGCUCGCCGCUGUACCGGGUAGCCGAUGCGCUGAAGCAUAUCGACAUGGAAACACUGGAAACAAUUAAUCCAUUUACGUUAGCUCCGUGGGAAGAACGCAUGCAACCCGAUAUGGACCAACCACAGGAUGUCCAGACCAGAGCAGGCCUGUAUAUGCAGAUCGCGGUCAGCAGCUCGGCUCGGAACGAGCUGGUCGGAUUCGGGGUGGCGAUCGAGAAACAACCACCUCGGUAUCGAAAACUGAGACUGAAGACCCUCUCCGUCACAUUGGGUGCAAGAGCAGAGCAAAAUCCGUUAUCUGCGGAGCUAGCAGCGAUGGCACAUGCAUUGAAGAUGGUAGUUGGAAUCAAAGACUACAGAAUUACGUUGCUCACAAGCAACAAGGCGGCGGCGCUCACGCUAAGGAACCCUCGACGACAGUCUGGCCAGGAGCUGGUUUGUCAGAUAUACAAGUUGAUGAGAAGGUUGCGGAGGAAUGGAAACCGAAUCAAAAUCCACUGGAUCCGCACCAGCGAAGACAACAAGCUGUCAAGUCUGGCUAAAGAACAAGCCAGAACUGCAACACAAGAAGACGCUCUCCAACAGGAACGCGUCCCGAGGAUGAAGUCGACCACAUUGAAUAUCGCACGGUCCCAAGCAGUCCCCUGCAGUCAGCUACCAGAGAACAUAGGAAGACACGCAAAACGAGUAGAUGCCGCACUGCCAGGCAAACACACCCGGCUGUUAUAUGAUCGCCUGACGUGGAAAGAAGCGACCGUACUGGCCCAACUCCGAACCGGCAUGGCCAGACUCAAUGGAUACCUCAAUCAAAUUAAUGUAGCAGAGACCGAUCAAUGUGAUUGCGGACAAGCAAGAGAGACCCUGCAGCACUUCCUCUUCCGCUGUCGGAAGUGGACUGCACACCGGACGGAACUGUUACAAUGCACCCAGGCUCACCGAGGAAACAUAUCCUUCGCCUUGGGGGGAAAACAGCCUUCUGACGAUCAGAACUGGACGCCAAACCUAGAGGCAGUACGGGCCUCCAUACGUUUCGCCAUCGCAACGGGCCGCCUCGAGGCCACUUGA